AUGAAGAUGGGAGGAAGUACGUCCAAAGCCAAAGGCGUCUGGCCUUUCUCAGGCUCAGGGGUUGGAGGUGAUUCAUCCAGUGAUGUUAGCGAACAGUCCGUGGCUCGACUCAAAGGCUCCAGAAGUGCCACACCUUUUGUAUUCACGAGGAGAAGUUCCUUGUACUUCGAUGAGGAUGGAGAUCUGGCACAUGAGUUCUAUGAAGAGACUGUUGUGACAAAAAAUGGCAGGAGGAAGUCCAAGCUGAAGAGAAUUCAGAAGAAUCUCAUUCCUCAGGGAGUUGUGAGGCUGGACCACCCCCGUAUUCAUGCAGACUUUCCUGUUAUUCUCUGUGAAGUGUGAGUCACAGCAGGUCUUUCCACCAUGUAGGAUACCCACAGACGUGCUAGUCAAUCUGCUGUUAUGAUUGCUUGUGAGGAGCCACUGGCCAGUUGUUUUGGCUGAAGUAUUUUCGUCAGACCACAGUUUUGGCUCUGCUAGGCAAGAAUGUGGACUUGCGAAGAUGGAACGAGGCCUAGCGAAUAUAAAAGUCAGCUGACAAAAAUGCAAUGUGAACGUAUACACUGCAAAAUGUGAAGGUAGUUGAGCAUGGUGACAUUCUCAAUUUUACAAAUCUGUUAACUUGCGUCUUUUUUUUUUUUUUAAUGACCCAACACUUUGGCAACCAGUAUGCAAACAUCAAGUAAAGAUGUGCUUCACCUGUUAUACGUUUGCAACAUGAGAAUAUCGUAGAUGUGAAAAGGUUUUAACCUCUGUGUAAUGUAGCAAAGGGUGUUAGCGUGUGACUGUCUGUUAUGUGUACAUGUGUACAUAUAGGUUUGUGCGAGUGAAAGAAUGAGGGGUGAAAUUAUGAAGUUGUGCUAGGAUUAUGCGUUGUGAUAUUCUUUGUAUAUAAAGUCACAUCCUUGUAAUAUAUUGUCAUGUGUCACGUCUGUUGUUUGGGCUCAGACCUGCACUAGUGAUAUGAUGUAAAUAAUUUAGAGUUUGGAAGACUUGAAUAAAUGCUUUACUUGGA